AUGUCUCUUGGCACUUUCAUCAAAAACCCAAAUCCCCCGCCUAACUUGACCGACCAAAUACUCCUCAGAGAAUCCACCUACGCGAUUGCCACGCUAACAAGCUCUCCCAGUGCUGAGAGCUUUUCCCAGCAAUGGAGCACGUCUGUUGCCUCUCUGAGUAGCUCGCUGGAGCGCAACGACGCACUGCGGGUGUCCCUCGUCAAGUCUUUCGAAGACGUUCAACGGCUAUUUCCCGCAAUGCAAGUGUCGUUGCUCUCCGGGGCUGCUGUCCAGGAGCUUACCGAGCUUGCUCAUGCUCUUGACACGCUGCACGAGUUCAUGGAUUUCGUUUCGAAUCAGGCAAAGCCACCCACAGAUACUUCCAUUUUCUGGGGUCUCCUCCCCCUUCCCUUUCUCCCUCAAAUCGUAUCUGACGGCAUACAGCUCUCACAUUCUGAAAUUGGUGUUGCACCGCGGGUGCCUCGCAUGCUACGGGGUAUCUGCCAAAAUAUCGACCUCCUUUACAAAUAUCGGGACAAAGAAUUAAAAACACUGCCAGAGAUACGGGACAGCUGCUUUCGUAUCGCAAACGUGUUGCUGCAUUUUCUCGUUGCGGCCAUAAACUUCAUUCGGGAGGAUGUGGAUUACUUCGCAAACGAUGGCAACGUCUGGGAGCCUCUCCAAAGACAAUUUCGCUCCUGCUGCUCUGAAAUUGAUGGGGCAGUAUCUCAUUUAGAGAAGAUGUGUAGGCUUUCGGGACUUGAUGACCUCUCUCAGCUGCAAUCAGCCCUGGCGACCUCUCCCCCCCCCCGCCAGAGCUCGGAUGAGGCUGCAUGCCUUCCUUGUUUCAUCUAUCCCAAUUCAAGAACACCGCGUUUCUUUGACCGCACCGAUGACAUCAUCAAAAUAGACAGAUACUUUGAUAACGCAGCCCAAAAUGUCAGCCAGCCAUUCCGCUCGCUCGUUUUGCACGGUAUCGGCGGCAUCGGGAAGAGCUCUGUUGCUCUUCGGUACGCUGAAAGCAGGAUUCGCAGUGAGGAGCUGGAUGCCAUGUUAUGGAUAUCGGGUGAGAAGACGGCCACAAUUCGUCAGAGCUUCACGGACAUCGCCAUGCGACUGAAGCUGCCAGGCGCCAACCCCAAAGACGAUGAUCUAAACAGGACUCUUGUGUUGGACUGGAUACAGAACACAUCAUGUAAAUGGCUCUUGGUGUUUGACAACGUCGAAGAUGUCGAUCUGCUAAUGAGAUACUGGCCGGCGGCUUCUCGUGGCCAAGCUGUCAUUACAACUCGCAAUCAUAGCCUGGCGUUCUAUCCCUGUGAUGGCGGGCUCGAAAUCAAAGAAUGGGACACCGAUACUGGCUCUCAAUUCUUGCUCCAUUUGCUCUCGACCGAUAUUGGUCACCAACUGACCGAGGACGAAGCUCAUAGUGCACAGGAGUUGGCUCGGAGCUUAAGUGGGCAUGCCCUCGCUAUAUCCCUUAUGGCAGGGCUUAUACAUCGUCGCUCCUGGUCGAUCAAAGAGUUUGUCGAAUUAUAUAAGAGGCAGCCACAGAAAGUCCACGGUAUUUUUGGCAACAACUCAAUCAAUGCUCUCUGGGACAUGUCGUUUCGAAAUCUGAAUGAAAGAAGUCGCGCCAUUCUGGGGGUACUGGCCUUCCUCACCCCAGACAGCAUUCCUCAAGCUCUCUUUGAACCCAAGGAUACAAGCAACUGCCCCGAUUCCCUUUCAUUCUGCAAAGACAGUUUCGAUUUCUCAGAUGAGAUAGAGACUCUAAUGACGCUUGCUUUAGUCAAACGCAACAAAGAGAAAAGGGCAUUCUCAAUUCACAGACUUGUCCAAGCAUCUUUCAGACAUUUCAUGAGCUACGAAGAUCGUCAACGGAGCUUCAAUGAUGCCACACUAUUGGUAUCUGCUGCCUUUCCACGAAAGGAUGCCGAGUUCGCGCAAUUGUACCACUCAUGGCAAGCAUGCUCCCUGUAUCUCCCACACGUGCUCAGCUUGAGAGAUUGUUUCCGCGAAGAGAAAAAGUCCAACUCCAAGUUUUCAGCUCUGAUGGAAUACUGCAGCCUUAAUAACGCAUGCCAACGCUUUCUCAUCGAAACCAACAAUUACAAUGAUCUUCUCGAUCUUUUGGAGAUCAAUAGCAUGGUUGCGGCGACAAUUCCGCCCCAACCAUUAAGUAUUCAUGUCGAUCUUGAGGGCGAGCUCGCGUCUCAUAGAGGUCAGGCUUUGGUUCGAGUAGGCAGGGCCGACGAAGGAAUCCCAUACCUUCAGCGUUCAUACAAAAUGUUUGCAAUGGAUCAGCCACGCAAUCUCCGCGAAGAGGCAUGGUGUGCCGAGAACCUCGCUGACGGGCUUGCCUCCACAAACAACUUUAUCGAAGCGGUGCGCUUCCAGGAGACGGCGCGAGACCAUUGGCUUGAUUGGGCGAAAGAUAAUAGUGAAGACAAGACGGAAUGGCCAGCAAUUCUAAAGUGGGGAAUGGGCACCAACCUGAUAUGGGCAGGGCAAAAUGAGCAGUCACGAUCUGUUUUGGUGCAAGGGCUCAGUCAACUCGAGGCUACGAAGCCGUACAACUGGGCCAUGGCAGCCUAUACCAACUACUCUCUGGGCACAGUGAAUCGAUCGGAUGGCGAUUUCAUAUCCGCGGAGAGACAUUUCACAGAGGCUUACGACAAGUGGAUUUCUGGAAAUAAUCUGCUCUCUGAUCCCUUUUGCGGCGCAUGCGUGUACCGAAUUGGAUGCGCGGCUCUUGAUCAAGGCAAAGUGGAAACUGCCAUAAAGCACUUGCGGGAGGCUUCCUGUAUCACCGAGCGGCAUAUGGCUAGCAUGCCAGUGGAACAUGCCAGAUCGCUUUUCAAGCUAUCUGAAGCGGUCGCGAAAGAACCGGGUGGCGGAGAAGAGUCGGGCAGGCUGCGUGAAGACGCUACUCGACUUCUUCUCUCCCGUUCUCCCGAGGCGAAGCAUACCGAUCUGGAGAAGACGUACGACGACUUGGUUUUCAUUUGGUGGAGAUGA